CGCGAGCGAUUCAUUAAAAAAGCGGCUGAUAAGGAGGAGGAAGAAGACAAAGCGAAGCGGAAAGAACAGCGAAAGGAGCGUAAAGACAAGGAAAGGAAAAAGAGGAAGGACGAGGACGAUGGUGAAGGCGAAUGGGAGACUGUGAAGGGGGGUGUAGCCAUCGCAUCCGAGAAGCCAAAAAUGUUCGCUAAAGAUGCUGAGAUCAACGUGGCUGCUGUUUUGAAGAAGCUGUCUGAAAUCAUUGCUGCUCGUGGUAAAAAGCGCACAGACAGACGGGAACAGAUAGAGCUGUUGCACGAGUUGCAA